AGCGUCGCCCAGUUAUUUUAAGUUUUGGGGCGAGGGGAACUCUUUCUGUGCUGUGGGGGAGAUUGUCGAGUGGUCCUGGUGAUUUUAGCGGUGACGACAGCGAGGCGACCAGUCUGACAAUUUCUACUAUCCGCGUGACUAUUGGUCUGUCUGCUACUCGCUAUGCCGCUACCAGUUGCGCUGCAGACUCGCUUGGCCAAGAGAGGCAUCCUCAAACACCUGGAGCCUGAACCAGAGGAAGAGAUCAUUGCUGAGGACUACGAUGAUGAUCCCGUGGACUAUGAGGCCACCCGGUUGGAGGGCCUGCCACCAAGCUGGUACAAGGUGUUUGACCCUUCCUGUGGGCUCCCUUACUACUGGAAUGUGGAAACAGACCUUGUGUCCUGGCUCUCCCCACAUGACUCCAACUCCAUCAUUACCAAAUCUGUCAAGAAGCCCAGGAGCAGUAAUGCAGAUGCUGAGGAGAAGUUGGACCGGAGCCAUGAGAAAUCGGACCGGAGCCACGAGAAAUCGGACCGGAGCCACGAGAAGUCAGACCGGAGCCACGAGAAGUCAGACCGGAGCCAUGAGAAGUCAGACAGAGACCGAGAUCGUGGUUAUGACAAGGUGGACAGAGAGAGAGAGCGGGACAGGGAUCGGGACCGGGACCGUGGAUAUGACAAGGUGGAGAGAGAGGAGGGCAAAGAACGGCGCCACCAUCGCCGGGAGGAGCUAGCUCCCUACCCCAAGAGCAAGAAGGACCUUGCUCUGCCACCUCUUUCUAGUUGCAAGCCGGAAAGACGAAGAAUUAGACCCUAUGGACCCCAGCUCGUACUCAGAUGCACCUCGGGGCACAUGGUCAACAGGACUCCCCAAGCGGAACGAGGCUAAGACGGGUGCAGACACGACAGCCGCUGGGCCCCUCUUCCAGCAGCGCCCCUAUCCAUCCCCAGGGGCUGUGCUACGUGCCAACGCCGAGGCCUCCCGAACCAAGCAGCAGGACUGAACCCUAGUGGGUCUUUAAUAAAAUCUUUUCAGUGGGUCAUGCCCACCAGGCCAGAGUGCUUUCUUCCUUUGUAUUUUCGAGGCUUUCCAACCCAAGGCGGUAAGAUGCGAAACAGUUUUAUUUGCAAAAACUCAUCUAAUAAAUAUAGGGACAUGAGAGCAGCAGGCCAGAGGCUGAGGUGGGUCCUGUCUGGGCCUCCUUACCAGAGAGUUUAUGCAUGUCAGCUCUGUGGGGGGUGGGGGUGGUAAGUACAGGGCAUCAGUGUCUGCCUCCCCACCACCCCUAAUACUGAUCAGAGUUUGGUCCUGGCUGGGCCAGGGCAAGAAGGGAGAAUGAGGCCAGGCCAGCGUCUUCAAUCCCAGCAGCUACGAACCCUUCACCUUGGUGAGCAACCUGUGGUGGACAUGGGG